AAGUCGUAUCCGCGCCACUCAAACGGUCUCCUCCAUCUCCAAUCCCACUCGCGCGGCCAUGGCGUUGGCCAUGACCUCCACCUCGCCGCAGCCACCGCCUCCCUCCCCACGCCGGCGGUGGCGGCGGCGGCCGCUCCUGCGACCGGGGGUAUCCAGUCCGCCCUCCAGGUGCAGACCCAGCCCGAGCCCCAAAGCCAAGGCCGCCCUCCCGCUCCUCUCCGACGUGGGGCGCGAUCCCACCGCCAUCAAGUACUACUCCCGCGUCGCAUCCAACCUCGUGGGCGCGGGGCGGCUCCGGGAGUUCCUCCUCGCCGCCGAGGGCCUCCGCGCGGCCUCCGGGGACGCUGGAUUCGAGGGGCGCAUCAGCCGGCGCCUCCUCUCGCGCGGCGUCGCCGCGGCGCUCCGCGACCAGGGGCUUCCCCACGUGCUCGAGUUCCUCCGCGACGCCGGCCGCGUCGGGAUCCGCGCCGCCGUGAUGCUCGACGCUGACGCCUACGACACCGUCGCGGCCGCCUGCCGGCUACUGCUGGCUGAGCGCAGCAUGACGGAGUUCGUCGAGGCCGUGGAGGCGCUAGCUCAGUGUGGAUUCUUUGUUCAAGGCAUUGUGGAUCCGAUGGAUGUAUUGAAAAUAUUUGUCAAGAAGCGUGACCCAAAUAUGGCAAUAAGGUAUGCACGUAUAUUUCCUCAAUCCCAACUUUUGCUGUGCAAUACAAUGGAAGCUUUUGGGAAAAGAAAGGAGUUAAAGCAUGCUCUAACAGUCUUUGGAGCACUCAAGGAUCAGUUUGGAGGUAUCAAUAUGUUUGCAUGCCGAAGUAUCAUCGACAUAUGUGGUCAUUGUGGUUCUUCUGUGCAGGCUCGAAUUAUAUUCGAGGGGCUUCUUGCUGAUAAGAUUACUCCAAAUGUCUAUGUCUUCAACAGCCUUAUGAAUGUGAAUGCCCAUAGCUUCAGCUACAACUUUUCAGUCUACAAGCACAUGCAAAAUCUUGGCGUCCCUCCUGAUUUGACAUCAUAUAACAUUCUUCUGAAGACAUGCUGCAACGCUAAGGAGUAUAAGUUGGCUCAAGAAAUUUAUGAGGAAAUUAAGAAAAAGGAACAGAACGGUCUUUUAAAGUUAGAUGUUUUUACAUACAGUACAAUGAUGAAGGUGUUUGCAGAUGCAAAAAUGUGGAAGCUGGCUUCCGACAUCAAACAGGAUAUGCAAUCAGCUGGUGUUCGUCUUAACCUAGUCACAUGGUCAUCAUUAAUCAACGCCUAUGCAAAUUCUGGUUUAGUUGACCGUGCCAUAGAGAUACUUGAAGAAAUGACAAGGGAUGGUUGUCAACCUACUGCUCCAUGCUUCAAUAUUAUCCUUACUGGUUGUGUUAAGUCAUGCCAGUAUGAUAGAGCUUUCCGCUUGUUCUAUGACUGGAAAGAAUAUGGAGUCAAGAUAUCUCUAUCCCCUGAACAGAAAGGAUGUUUUGGUGACAACUUCUCAUACUGUGAAGAACAUACAAGUAACAGCAGUACUCUGUUAGUGGUUCCAUUUAGACCAACAGUUACAACAUAUAAUAUUCUAAUGAAGGCCUGUGGCACAAAUGGAGAACGCGCAAAAUCUGUAAUGAAUGAAAUGAGGCGAAAUGGCCUUUGCCCUGACCUUAUUAGCUGGUCUAUUCUGAUGGAUAUUUAUGGGUCAUCUCAAAACAGGGAUGGAGCUAUUCAGGCACUCAGAAGAAUGCAACGUGUUGGAAUGAAACUUAAUGUCACUGCAUAUACUGUUGCUAUUAAGGCAUGCGUUGAAAACAAAGACUUGAAGUUGGCAUUGCACUUGUUUGAAGAAAUGAAAGCACAUCAACUGAAACCCAAUUUGGUCACAUACAAGACUCUUUUGACAGCACGCAAUAAAUAUGGAUCAUUACAGGAAGUCCAGCAAUGUUUGGCAAUCUAUCAAGAAAUGAGAAAGGCUGGGUAUCAAGCAAAUGACUAUUACCUCAAGAAUUUGAUAGUGGAAUGGUGUGAAGGAGUUUUGUCUAGCGGUAAUGGAAAUCGAGAAUAUUACCAAUUGGAUCAGAGGAAAGAAUCAUUCAAGCUCGUUCUUGAGAAAGUGACAACAUUCUUGCAGAAAGAUGUUGAUCAAAACCAAACUGUCGAUGUUCGUGGGCUUUCAAAGGUUGAAUCUCGCGUUGUAGUUCUCUCAGUUCUCCGGAAGAUCAAAGAGAAGUAUCUACUAGGACGAGCAGUUCAGGAUGAUGUAGUAAUCAUCACUGGUCAUGGGAAGGCAUCAAGCGCCAAGGCCGAGACUAGUGUUGUCGAGGUCGAGCAUGCAAUAGUUGCUGUUCUGACGGAUGAGUUGGGUCUUGAGGUUUUAAUUGGACCUGGAAGUCGCCCGGCUUCGUCCAAACCCACAGUUCCAGCUCGUUCUAGGAGUCAUUUAGAUCUAGCUUCUAAACAUUUUUCCAGGAGACCGCAGGGGAUGAUAAAGAUCCCGAUCAACUCUCUGAAUCAUUGGUUGAAGAGGAAAGCUGUGAGGACUGUGCAGUGACAGUUCCUCAACCUUUUGCAGAGUCAUCCUAAGAUAAGGUAGUGUAUACAGAUGUACAGGUUGGCUGGUGCUACUCAGUGACAUCAACCCAACACGGUUUCACAAGAAGGAAUUUGUGGACGGCCAUCCAGAUACGGUAAAACAUCAGAAUUAAAGUUAUUAGGUUAUUGCUGGAAACUUGCAAUCCCCGCAAUUCCAUGGAAACUGAAAAACAUGCUGACCGAGUACAGUGAAAUACUCCACUGUCUGUGGAUUUUGAGCACCAUUGCCUAAUAUAGAUUUGUAACAAGUUUGUUCGCUCAAGAUUUGAAACCUGAUUGCAAAACAAAUGUCCAAGAUGCCCAUGGCUGUAUUGUUGUGCCUCUUAAAAACAUGCCAUGAUGUGCUCAGUUACACAUGUGAACAGCUCCAAUUCUACAUUGAUCCAAACAUGGAGUUGGCACAUAAAUGCUGGAAUACAUUGUUUUGAAUACAUGCUCAGGAUACAUGAGUAAUAUCACAGUAACAUUUGAAUUUCC